AUGUCACGGAUUAAAUCAGAUUAAUUAGAGAAAUACCAACUUCAGAGACCAAACUAUGGAUGUAAAAUCAGCAAACAAGUCUCCGGAAAUUAGGAAGCAACCAAAGCAGACAAACCAAAAAACCUUUUCUAAAGAAAGGCAUACAAAUCAUACUCGUGUAAAGAAUAAUAAAAAAGCUUCAAAAGAAAGAACACCAUGUGUGACCGGACAGCCUUCAUUUAUCAGAAGUGGGUCUACACAGACUUCACCUAUCUCUGUGGAUGCCGUUCCAAUAUCUUCUACUCCUACUGAAAAUAUAAACCCUGAUAUAAAACCUGCGACUACUGAUGAAUGCACAUCAAGAAAACCACCAACUAAAUGUAUUCAACGAGAAUUCACGUUUACGGGCUAUGACAUUAUGUCCGACGUUGAGCCGAAAAAGGUGAUUAAAGAAACUGCUUUACAGAAAAGAGAUCGGGAGAAUGUGCAACAGUAUAUUGCAGCAUGCAAACAAUUAGGUGUAGUACCAUCUUCGUAUGUUUCACGGCAUAUCAACGACAAAAAUCUGGUUAUAAAAAGUCAACCUUUGGGUCAAAAAGGAGCACGGGCACUGUGUGUUUCUCUCGUGCAUAAUCACAUCGUGGAAAAGCUUGACCUUGAGGAGAAUGAUAUUGGCAGUGAAGGUGCUAUAAGUGUUGCCGAAAUGUUGGAAGAAAAUGUUAACAUAUCAGAAGUUCGCCUAGCUGGAAACUUAAUUGGACCACGAGGGAUAGAAGCUCUGUCAAACUUGCUGAAAGGCGGACGGAAACUUUAUUCUCUUGACGUUUCUGGAAGUGGGAUAGACGAUAACAACGCGAAAGUCCUAGCUGAUUUGAUAGAAGUAAGUAUUGUUUUCAUAACAUUUGAACGGUAA